AACCAUCGCUAGCGGCUACUGCAAAAAAAAGAGCGGAGUUUCGUGGACUCGAGUGAAAAUUGUGAAAAUCCAUUAUAUACGGCAGAAAGCAACAUAAGGUCCCAGAAUGCCGCGAAUAAUGAUCAAGGGCGGCGUGUGGCGCAACACGGAGGAUGAAAUCCUAAAAGCUGCGGUUAUGAAAUAUGGCAAGAACCAGUGGAGUCGUAUUGCCUCCCUCCUGCACAGGAAGUCCGCUAAGCAGUGCAAGGCCAGGUGGUACGAGUGGCUGGAUCCCAGCAUCAAGAAGACCGAGUGGUCCCGUGAGGAGGACGAGAAACUGCUCCACUUGGCCAAGCUGAUGCCGACGCAGUGGCGCACCAUAGCCCCGAUCAUCGGGCGGACGGCAGCCCAGUGCCUGGAGCGCUAUGAGUACUUGCUAGACCAAGCCCAACGCAAAGAGGAUGGCGAGGACACGAUGGACGAUCCUCGCAAGUUAAAGCCCGGAGAGAUUGACCCCAAUCCAGAGACCAAACCGGCGCGACCCGAUCCCAAGGACAUGGACGAGGACGAGCUGGAAAUGCUUUCCGAGGCACGCGCCCGCUUGGCCAACACGCAGGGCAAGAAAGCCAAGCGCAAGGCUCGCGAAAAGCAACUGGAGGAAGCCCGCCGCCUGGCCACUCUCCAAAAGCGGCGCGAGCUUCGUGCCGCCGGCAUUGGCAGCGGAAAUCGCAAGCGGAUCAAGGGAAUAGACUACAACGCCGAGAUUCCUUUCGAAAAGCGUCCUGCCCACGGAUUCUACGACACUUCCGAGGAGCACUUGCAGAAAAUUGAACCCGACUUCAACAAGAUGCGGCAGCAGGACCUAGAUGGAGAACUCCGCUCAGAGAAGGAGGAACGCGAACGCAAGCGGGACAAGCAGAAGCUGAAGCAGCGCAAGGAGAAUGAAGUGCCCACCGCAAUGCUGCAAAACAUGGAGCCCGAGCGAAAGCGCUCCAAACUAGUCCUGCCUACGCCGCAGAUUUCCGACAUGGAACUACAGCAGGUAGUCAAGCUGGGACGCGCCAGUGAGAUGGCAAAGGAAAUUGCCGGUGAGAGCGGCAUAGAGACGACGGAUGCUUUGCUAGCCGACUACUCCAUUACACCCCAGGUUGCAGCCACUCCACGUACUCCGGCUCCGUACACCGAUCGCAUCAUGCAGGAGGCGCAGAACAUGAUGGCCCUCACCCACACAGAGACGCCACUCAAAGGCGGCCUGAAUACACCACUGCACGAGUCAGACUUCUCCGGCGUGCUGCCCAAGGCGGCCUCCAUCGCCACGCCUAACACAGUGAUUGCCACGCCGUUUAGAACCCAACGCGAGGGCGGAGCAGCCACUCCCGGCGGAUUCCAAACGCCCUCCUCCGGUGCCCUAGUUCCCGUAAAGGGGUCAGGAGGGGCUACGGGUGCCGUCAACACACCUGCCUACGUGAGGGACAAGCUAAGCAUCAAUCCCGAGGAGAGUAUGGGCGUCACCGAGACCCCAGCACAUUACAAAAACUACCAAAAGCAACUAAAGUCUACACUGCGUGACGGACUCUCCACGCUGCCCGCUCCACGGAAUGACUACGAGAUCGUGGUGCCCGAGCAGGAGGAAAGCGAGCGCAUCGAGACCAGCUCAGAACCCGCCGUCGAGGAUCAGGCGGAUGUCGACGCCAGGUUAUUGGCGGAACAAGAGGCGCGCCGAAAGCGGGAGCUAGAGAAGCGCUCCCAGGUUAUCCAGCGUAGUCUUCCGCGACCCACUGAAGUGAACACCAAGAUUCUGCGACCGCAGUCCGAGAAACAGAAUCUUACGGAACAGCAGCAGGCCGAAGAACUGAUUAAACACGAAAUGAUCACCAUGCAGCUGUACGACUCGGUCAAGGAUCCCGUGCCCGGUCAGUCGCAGCACAAGUUGGAACAGCUACAAAGCUACUUUAAGGCCAAUCCCUACGAGGACAUCUCGCAGCAAGAGUUGGCGAAGGCCAAGCAAAUGCUCACCGAGGAAAUGGAAGUGGUGAAGGAGCGCAUGGCGCAUGGCGAACUGCCCCUAGACGUUUAUGCCCAGGUGUGGCAGGAGUGCCUCGGCCAGGUACUUUACCUACCCUCCCAACAUCGCUACACACGCGCCAAUCUGGCCAGCAAGAAGGAUCGAUUAGAGUCUGCCGAGAAACGGCUGGAGACAAAUCGCCGCCACAUGGCCAAGGAAGCCAAGCGCUGCGGCAAGAUCGAGAAAAAGUUGAAGAUUCUCACCGGCGGCUACCAGGCGCGUGCCCAGGUGCUGAUUAAGCAGCUUCAGGACACGUACGGCCAGAUUGAGCAGAACUCUGUCUCACUCUCGACAUUCCGCUUUUUGGGCGAACAGGAGGCCAUCGCUGUGCCGCGGCGCCUGGAAUCGCUGCAAGAGGACGUGCGUCGCCAGAUGGACCGCGAGAAGGAGCUGCAACAAAAGUACGCUAGCUUAGUAGAGGAGCGCGAUUCGCUUUACUCACAAAUCGAACAUAUAACUGGCGUUAGGCCCACGGCCCAGCAACUCCUGCCCGACCAGGAAGCGUAAACCUUCUUUUGGAACCUAAGUCCGCUCUAAUUUAAUUACAAUAAUUACAUGCCAGCAAACAGUUAUCACCAUAUCCUGCCCGAUCCAUAGUCCUCGCUAGCGGCCGUACUUCUGGUAGACCCACUCCUUGUUGUCCAGCGGACAGACCAGGCGCGUUUUCAACCAGCGCGCGAUGCAGUGGUAAUGGAAAGCGUGGUUGCACUCGCCCCAAGCCACAGUGCACUCGUCUUGGUUUGCAUUCGGGUCCGCCUGGCACUCGAUGCACAGGUUCAUGAUGUGGUUACGGCAGAUGGCACAGUUGUCCACUGCUACGUCCCAUCCCCACAUGGCGUGCGCAACCCACUUCUUCACCACAAAGCGCUCCGUCCUGGCUUGGCCAGCUCCUCCACUACAGGAUGGCUCUUCGUCAUUGAAGUCCAUGUCGUGGAAGUCCUCCGUCUCCUCAACCUCCAUCUCCUCGGCCAUGGUGUGAAAUUACGAAAUUUUUUUCUUUUUCUAAAUAAUUGUCGACUCGUAUUCGAAUUUGAUUUGAACUAUUUAGAACUCAAUAUGUCUCUGGCUUGACAGUUAUAAAACCAAAACCGAUUUAUCUACGAAAUCACAACGGCGAAUAAUUUUAAAAAUAAAUGCAGAGAAUGUUCAUAAAAAAAAUAAAACCUUGUGAUCAUAUUAAGUGGGGCUCAUGAAAGCUUAUCAUCGGUAAACCACUUUUUAAUCCCAAAAUUUAGACAAUUUUUUUAAACAAGAAUAUCAGAAUCGGAUACCAGUAAGUCAGAUAGUGGAAGUUCGAUAGAGAAAUUUCAAAAUUCUCUUGGCAUAUCGAUAGAAAUUUGUAUUCCUUUUAACGAGUUUAAUAUACCCCUCUAUGAGUAAUGGGUAUAAAAAAGUUUAUUUUAGAAUGCCUUUCUUAAACAAUAUAGCUGUUUCCCACACUCGAAUGUCAAUAUUAUUAUUAUUUUUAUUAUUAUUAGGAAGAUACUAGCUUCAAGCUGGUAAAUCAACGGCACUACUAACGGGAACUCGUGGCUUAGGCUUAGCGAAUAUCAAAUAAAUUCUUUACACGGUCUUCUCAGUU